CUGCGCGCACUGCGCGUUACCUGAGGCAACGGCUAUCGCCUGUUGAGACUUGCAGGACUCGGCGUGUCAUAGUUUUCCAUUGAUUCAUACACCGACACGUUUGGACAACAAUGAUUCAAAAGAAAUUAACUCACCAAAGUAAGAUAGAGCGCCGUUCAAACAUAUUACAGAAUAACUGAUCUAGUGGUUGAUUUGACCAUUCCCGAACCGUCUCUCUCAAAACUUCGAGGAGCCAGGAAAAGGAGAAGACGACGAUUGUUUCUCCCAGAGGACACAAUUAAAGUCAGGUGUUUUCACUCUACUAGGAUCACGACUCGUGAGACAUGGGGAUAUUGUAUUCCGAGCCCAUGUGCCAGGCAGCAUAUGACAAUGACGCCCACGAAGUGUACCGGCUCUUCAAGGACACGCCCAAGAGCCUGAACGUCCAGGAGCCCAGGUCGGGAGACACGCCCCUGAUCGCCGGCAUCCGACGGGGAAACCACCACGUGGUGAAGUACCUGCUCAGCCUGGAUGCAGACGUCUCUGUUACAAAUAAGAAACAAAGGACUUGUCUACACUACGCCGCCAAAAGAACCUACUCCUUUCUGGAUUACCUUAUGAUCGCCAUCCUCAUGCCCAUCCUCCUCAUUGGAUAUCUCAUAAUGUUGGAAAAGCAGAAGAAGAAUGAGGACUUAUUGACCUUGGUUUUGACCAGCAAAGUAGACAUCAACGCCACAGACUAUAAAGGCAACACAGCGCUUCACUACGCCUGUGUGAGGAAAAGCCAAGGCAUGGUGCCACUGUUACUGGAGAAACAAGCAGACAUUUCCAUCAAGAACAUGAAGGGAGAAACUCCACUGGACAUUGCACGGAGGUUAAAGUUCACAAAGAUCGUCGCCAUGCUGAAGAAAUCGGAAUGAAAAGUUGUCAAGGUUGCUCUGAAAAUCAAGGAUGCUUGAGACUCAAAUCUGAGGUCUGGCAGGAUGAUGUUUUGUUUAAACAGUUCACGAGAGUGUUUACGGUUGCAAGGAAGGACAAGUGUAUGUUGGUUCUCAUGCCACUCUCACUCAGACCAUUUCCUUUGGAUUCAAUCAGAAAUGGACAUUGUGCUGCACAGUGAUUUUUUUUCACACUUUUUUUUAACUGUUGUUUUAUACUGUUUGCUUCUGCAUUGGGUGGUUUACAAUGUUCUUAUACGUCACGGAAAUUACCCAGAUGUCAUUUGGACAAUGGCUUAUGUCCCUUCCUUGACCUGAUUGUUUUGGACCUUUGUAACUACUUAUAUUCUAUUUAUUUGAAUAAAGGUGCACUGCGUAAUA